AUGUCCUCUGCUCAAGAUUCCGCCACCAAGAUCUGCAUCGACAAAUUCGAUGGUAAAAAAUAUGCGACGUGGAGCCGCUACAUGCGCGGCGUGUUCCUGACCAAGUCGACGUGUGACGAGUAUGUCAAGACGAACUACAUUGCGAUCGGCUUGAUGCUGCCUCAGAUGAGCGCGGAUUACCAUGAUGUGGUUGAUGAGUGUAAAGAAGCGUGGGUUGCGUGGGCACGGUUGAAGACUCUCUACGGCGGAUCUCAGAAGGUGGGAUGCAUCUACUUGAAGCGCCAGCUGUUCAGCAUGGAGAUGGAGGAAGGCGGCAAUGUCAUGCAUCAUUGCAACAACGUUCUCAACAUCAGCGCUAAGUUCAGCAGCAUCGGCGCUAAGAUGGAGGACAAAGACGUGGCGAUCCGCUUGUUGCGCAGUCUCCCCAAGAGCUAUGAGAACGUUGCGUUGUAA